ACAAUUGCUCUUGGAAUUUGAAACAGCGGCAUGUGCCAACAAGAGAUGUUCCGUCUUGUCCCACCUCAGCACUCAAGAAAUGGCGGCGUUGGCGCAUUUGAAUAGUGUGGAAGAAGCUGAGGGUCCUUUUGGUCCCUCUAAUGUCACAAGUAAAGCUAUGAAUGGACAUACCAAUGGACAAAAUGGAGACUUUAAACUCUCCAAUGAGGAGACCAAGAACAUGAUCUUCCAAAUAUCUGGAUUCUCCAACAAGCUGGAGACGAUUCUAUUGGCACUAUUGAGGGAUCAAGAUGUACUCAAGAAUGAGUUGAAGUCCGAGAUCCUGGAACGAGAAACGCAGUCCAAGGAAUGGCGAGAUCAAGUUGAACUCGAGAAAGAUGAGCGGAAGAAAGAAGAUAUGGCACUCAAGGAACUCAUUGGCGAGCAAAACAAUAAAGUGACAGAAGCCGUGAAUGGCCUGAAAGGUGAUCUAAAAGACUCUCUAAGGGAAUUCCAAGAGAAACAAGACGAGUCUCUUGGGAGGGUGCACAAUGAGCUCGAUUCAGUGAGAAGUGAUGUGGAGGGUAAGCUCCUGGAACAAGAACGAAACUUGCAGAAGAAACUGGACGAGGAAUGCGACAGAAUGGAUAAGGGUGUCAAAGAUGUGGAGAACACUCUUCGCGAUGAAAUUGGAACCAUGAAAACGGAUCUGGUCAACGGAACUGCCGAUCUUGAAGAUAGGCUUAACGAGGAACGGAAUAUACGCGAAAGACAAUACAAUGAGGUCAAGAUGGGUUUGGAGGAGGAGAAAAUGCUCCGCGCUCAAGACAACGAGAUCUUGAAGUCCAAUCUGAAAGAGGGCAUCCAAGAGAUGAAGGAUGGAGUUGCUCAACAGAAAGUUGAUCUUGACAAGGUUUUGGAAGAGGACCGCGAAGAUCGGAACAAGCAAUGCGACGACUUGAUCGGCAGAUUGGACAAGGAAAAACGGGAAAGAGUGGCCCAGAUCAGUGAUCUCCAAGGCAAGGUAGACGAAGACCUCGAAAAAGUCAUCGGUCGGGUCAGCGACAAAGUACAGGAAGUACGAGAAGACAUUGAAAAGAAAGUCAAAGCCAACCAGGACCUCUUUGAAAAGAUUCAAACGGAUUUUGAUGCACUAAAUUCAGCUACCAAAGAACGGGUCAAAGCAGCCAAAGAAGAUAUGAUGAAGCAAAUUCGCGAUGAAAAAGAUGAUCGAAACCAAGCAUUGGAAACCUUGGCCAAGCAUAUGGAGGAUGACAAAUCCUCAUUGAAGGACCAAAUUAGUACCGAAGUGGCUUCUUUGAAGGAGCAGAUUGAUCAAUCGAACGAGGCCAGAAAGACUGAAGUGGUUGAGUUGGAAGAUCGCUUGGGUGACAUCUUCAAAUCCUUGUGCGACAAGGUCAAGUGUGAAAUGGAUUCCAACAAACUUACGAUGGAAACAAUGAUUGAAAAAGAGGUUGAAGAUCGGAAGUCGGGCGAGUCCGAAAUAUGGGACAAGCUUGGGCAAAUGGGAAAGGACGUGCUAAACCAAGUGGAAGAGGAACUUGCCAAAAGUGAAAAGAAAAAUGAUGAGUUGAGUCAGAAGCUAUCGAAGCUCGAAACUGACAGCCACACAAAUAUUCAGGGCCUCAAGAAUACAAUAGAAAAAGAGUCGGAAGCACGCGAGUCUCUGGGUAAUCUCCUCAAUGACAACAUGACGAACAAAGUGGCAGCCUGCCAAUCACAAAUCCAAGAUCUGGAGCAACUUCUGAAUCUAGAAAAUGAAAAGCGCAAAAGCGAAGCCGAUGCUCUCAAAUCCAAAAUGGAUCAAGAAAAAGCGCAACUUCAGGAGUAUAUCAACAAGGAUAGUGCUGAGAUGAAAGAAAAACUCGAACAGGAAAGUGAGGCCUUGAGACGACGGUUUGAGGACGAGAACCAAGCCAUGAAAAACAAACUAGAAAAUGACAAUGAAGAGAGACGUAAAGACAAUGACAACCUCAAAAAACAACUUGAAGAGGAGAACAAGCUCCUUCUGUCCAAAUUAGAGGAGGAAAGCCAACUUAUGACGGAAAAGUUGUCCAAACAAGGUGACGACGUCCUAGACAGGAUUGAGAAGGAAAAUAGUGCCCGAAAAGCCGAAUCACUCAAGAUUCAGGAGAGCCUUGACAAGGACAAGCAAGACCUGAAACAAUCCAUGGCCCGAGAAGCAGAGGAUUUGAGAAACAAAUUGGAGGCUGAUAAAGUUGCCUUGGCAGCAAAAAUGGAGGAUGAAGCCAAAGUGCUCAAAGAAAAACUCGAGCGAGAAAAGGAGGAGUCCAGGAAGGAACAAGAGAGACUCCAACAAGAAUUGAGCAAAGGAACCGAAAGUCUGGCUGACAAACUCCAACGCGAAAACGAGGUCAUUCAAAGCAAGUUGGUCCGUGAUGCCGAAGAGCGGAAGAAACGUGAGGAACAAAUGAAGGAGGAAAUGGAGAGGCAAAAAGAGGGCAGCAAAAAUGAAUUCAUUGAACUCUUUGAGCGCAUGAAACACGAACUGGACGAUUGCAAACGUGACAAUGAAGAGCUAUCAAAAUUAAUCGCCAAUGAGAAUGAAAAGCGAAGAAAAGAGGCCGAACUUCUCAAAACUAGGAUGGAGAAAGAACGCCAAGAACUCAAGGACUACAUCGAACAAGAUAAUCAGAAUCUCAAGGACUUAGUCAACCAAGAGGCCCAAGAUCUCCUCAAAAAACUCGAGGAUGAAACCAAGCAAGUCAAGGCCAAACUAGACGAAGACAACUUCAAGCAACGGGAAGAGGCCAAUCAACUCAAAUCCGCCUUGGACAAGGAACGAGAGCUUCUGGCUGACAAAUUGGCCAAGGUGGAUGCUGAUCUCCAAAGGCGAAUCCAAGAGGAAUCUCAACAAAUUGCCGGAAAGUUCGGCAAGGACAGCGCCGAGCUGAGGGAGCAAACUACGAAGCUGAGAGAAAGGCUCGAGAGAGAAAAGGCCGACCUUGAAAAGCGACUCCAAGAUGAGAACAACGAUCUCCACAACAAGCUUUUGGAAGAGUCCGAGCGUCUCGAGAAGAAGAAGGCCGAUUUGGAGAAGAAACUUGCUGAUGAGCGGAACACACUUGCCUCAAAAAUGGAAGAGGAUGCUCGGCAACAUCUACAGGAACGCCAAAGUAUGGAGGAUAAAUUCUCUGCCCAAGAGGCUCAGAAGAACGAGAUUCUGCAGUUGUACGAAAAGAUGAAGACCGAGAAUGACGCCCGGAAACGCGAAAACGAUGAAUUGAGGAACCUUAUCAACAAAGAAAAGGAUGAAUUGAGCGUUUCGUUUUCUCGCGGAACCUCGCAAGUUCGCGAUAUCCUGGACAAGGAAAUGGCCAACCAUCAAAAGCAAUUGGAGCAACGGGGUAUGGAAUUGGAAGUAGUUCAAAAAGAAGUGGAACGACUCAAGAACGACGAAGAUCGAGAAAUGGUGGUCUUGAGAGAGACCAUUUCCAAAAUGGAGCGUUUGCUCAAUCUCCCAUUAUCUGUGUACUUUAACGCCAUCCGAGAAGGCCCGUACAUCGGAGGAGGCGAGGAGUUCUUGACCUUCACCGAGUGCACCAUCAACGCAGGGAGUGCCAUGGACCCCAAAUCCGGCAUAUUCACCGCUCCAGUCACCGGAGCCUACCUCCUCUCAGUUCACGUGUGUUCCCACGAUAUGAAAAAGGUUCUGAUCGCCAUCAAACGGAAUGGAACCGAAAUUGGAAGUCUCUACGAUCAGAACCACGUCGAUAACCACAAAAACUCCAUGGUUGGCCAGACUGUGAUCACGGACCUGGUCCAAGGCGACAAAGUCCAAUUGUAUAUGUACACAUUUACCGGACUCUUGGACAAGCCGGCCAACCAUAUGACCCAGUUCUGUGGAAUCCUCAUGAAGCCAUGCGGAACCUUAAUGUCCACGGGGAUGGCCGAUCCCGUUGGACAAGUGACCAGUCCAGCCAGACCUCGUCGAAGGCUCAUCAUGUCCACUGAGCAGGACAAAAAGAAAACACCGGCAACACGCUCGCAGUUGUAAAACCGAUGUCUUUGUAGUUCUAAAUCAAAGGAUAUCUGUGCAAUAUGAAAAGACUCGACAAUUUAUUUAUAUUUCUCAACCUCUGUUCGUUUUUACCAUGGAAUACUUGUUAUUGACCAUUAAAUUUGUAUCUGAGCCGA